ACGAAUUAUCUUAUAUAACUAUGUAUUAUUAAUUUAUUAUGUAUAUGUCCAUAAAGUUCGAAAUUUCAUAAUAUUUCACAUUUUUAAUACUAAAACUUAAUAUAAAAGUUUUUCUCAUUUUUAUAUUUAUAUUGCGUAAGAUGAAGGUCAUGAGCGUCGUAAUUCUUAAUCACAAAUAUCGAAACUUUAAUUAUUUCAAUAUUGUAAUAGUACGAUAUUUUUGUAAAAGAAAUAUAUAAUUAGAAAUAGAAAUCUUGCUAAGAAAUAAAAGCCCCAUUUUGUACUUGGAACGACCACUUUAUUUGGCAGAAUAAUUUAUUCCAGAGAUAUAUACAUAAAACAGAAAAAUUCAGGAAUGUCUGCAUUAGGCUGUUAGUUGAUAUGACUGUUUGCUGACUGUUGAUUAUGUUGCUAAAUUCGUCGCUAAGGGGAUAAAGUUCGGGAAGUCUUCAAGUUUCAUUUGGUGAGGUAAGAUGAUUUUUAGUUCGCCAUUGUUUCGUACAAAUAGAUUUACAUUAUCUUAUUUUUUGUUUAUAGUAUAGAAUAGUAUAGUUUAUAGAAUAAUAUAGAAUACUAUAGUUUAUAGAAUAAUAGUUAAAUGAACAGAUAUAACAUUGCAUUUUAAUUUUGUACAAUGGCUUUAUAACAGAUCUCCGUAAUGUAUGUAAUGUAUAUAUGUUUCGUUAUCAUAUACAUGAUAAUGUUACAGUCGACACUCCGUAUGCGUGUUCAUAUCUUUCUUUAUUAUAUAAAUAAACAUCGUUUUCUAAUAAAAUUAUCAUUUUGUGGAAGUUGAAACAAUUAUAAAUUUGUAUUGCUUUUAUUCUAUAUGAGAUUUAUCCAUACGGUAAUUAAUAUUUCCAGCGUUGUUACGACUUAGAAAACGGUUUAACAGCAAACAAUUUAAACAUCCUUGCCAUUGGCACCCUUCAAUUAUUAUUUCAAAAUGAAGGAUCGUAGAAAAAUUUAGGAUUAUUCACUCUUAUUAUAUUUUUCCAGAAAAGAAGAAAGUAGAAAUGUAGCAUCGCGCGAAUAAUUAAAUAGUAUAUAAUAGUGUAUUAAACAAAUAAUUAGGUACAAUUAAAUAUAUUAAACAAUGAGAAGUUAGUAUAGAUGACAAUUAAUUUAUUUUUGUUGCCUGAGAUUAUAAGAAGAGAAGUUAAAAUGCCAGAUGCGAUAAUGUGCUUUCGAGAUCGUUUAGAGAACUUGCAAUGAAAAACGGCAACAUGAAUUGAUUAUAAUUUUACCCAAUGUCGAACAAUGUAAUCUAUUAAAUAUUUUUAUUUUACUGUGCCUUAUUAUUGCGAGAGACUUUUAACGCAGAAAGAUUGACGUCGAGUUUUCGCAUUUCUGAGAAUGCUUCUCGCCACGACAGACGAUUCGGAUUAUUUACAGCAUUAAUCUCUGGCAAUGGAUAACGUUGAUAACCAUGUAAUACUAGCCAUAAGAAUGUGCAAGACUUAUCAGAAGUCGCUCUCGUGUCAUAAGAUGCGUCUUAACUGUUUGUGCACAGGCAAGUAUAGCAAUAACUUUGACCUUCUAGAAAGAAUAAAAAUAAAGAUAUUUUAAGAGUUAUUUUGAAAUUGAAGACCGUACUGUAUAUGCGACUAAUGAAGUUGAAGAUAUUAAAUCGUUACGACGCCAAAAUAUAGGAAAAAUUUUGGAAACAUGGGUAAACGGCUUGCGGUUUCCUUGUAAAAUGCAAACAAAAUACCAGCACAAAGAUAAAAUAAUAUUUCAGCUUCUGAAAAAAAAAUUUAGUUUAGUGAAAUUCAAUUACAAGGAGUAUUUUAUGUUUCAUAAUAAAUUACAUAAUUAGAUAUUACGUAAUUAAAUAUAAUACAAUGCAAUAACCUGAAUAUAUUUACACAUACACAUUCUAUUAACUUGAUUAACUGAUUUUAAUGAGCGCAUAUAUAAAUGCGUGCGUAACUUUGGAUCGGUGCACUAUAUCAUGCACUAUACAGAUGCAGAUGGCACUGCAAUUUGCACAGCCUAUGCAGAUCGUGGUCAGUAUAUAAAAAGACGAACUUGCCCGCUCGCGACAUAAGGUGUCGAACUUCUUGUGCGUCAGAAGUGUUUGUAAGAAACGUGUAAUAACUUCAUUAGGAAAGAAAACUGCACACGAUGGAGAUUGGCCGUACAUUUACCGUUUUUAUUAUCCUUAUCACCGUGUGUUUGGUGAAAACUCGAGAAAGAAACUAUAUAAUACCCAAUCCCACUGCAAAAACCCAUUUUAAAGAACAAUCUUUGAAUACCGUCUCUUUUAAAUCAGCAAAAAUUAUUGAAACAAGCACUAUAAGUUCGCCUGGCCCUAUUUCAACACCUCGCCCACAACUUUACGACAUUAUCCUCAGAUUUUCUGAAGUUGGUCUUCGAAAAAUCGGCCCGGAUUUUAUCAUCAGCCAGAAAAUUAUCAGCCUUAGUCUGGAUAAUAAUGAAAUAAGUAACAUAUCGCCUUUAGCCUUUCGUAGUAUGCGGAACUUGAGGUAUUUGAAUCUUUCUGGGAAUAAAAUUCCGACAGAGCGGUUGCUAUCUUUAGAAGGAGUCACCGAGUUACAAACUCUGAUUAUCAACAAUAAUAAUCCCAUAAAUCCUAUAAAAAUAGAAAAGCAUAGCAACUAUUCCGCUGUAGAAUGUGUCUUUGAAAAAUUGGAAUACCUACAUCUGUGCAACAGUCAACUAAAAAAUUUCAAAAUACAUCAUCAAAUGAUGCCUUUGUUGACCCAUUUGUAUCUGAGCAACAACAGCAUCGAAUCGGCCGACAUUAUUUUCAAUAACAUUCCGGCUACAUUAAGAACUCUUUACUUGGACAACAAUCUCAUCGAUCAAGUUGAACAGAAUAAACUUAGGAACUUGCUGGAACUUGUUAUGAACAACAACUAUAUCACCGAGGUGUGCUUUGAUAAGUGCCAGAAAAAAUCCAUACCUUUGAGAGGUGCUAAUAAGUUGAAAAAGCUAUCUUUAUCUAAAAAUCAGAUUUCAAAGGUGUUGGUUGAUGCUUUCACUGAUACCGAAAAAUUGGAGUACUUGGACCUAUCGGGCAACAAUAUCACUGAGAUAAUCAAUGGUACCUUUAACAAUCCCGUUUGGAUAAAGAUACUUUCUUUAGCUGAUAACAAAUUCAUUACCAUACCGAAUAUCUGUCCAUUGAAAUAUUUAACGAGUUUGGAUCUGAGUGGGAAUCGAAUCAACGCAGUUCACGCCAAUAAUUUUUGUAAUUUCGCAUAUUUGGAGAGAUUGUAUUUGGCAAAUAACAGCAUAACUACCAUCGGACAUCAAGCUUUCUCCAACUUUCGAUCACUGAAAAAUUUGGAUCUCUCUGGAAAUCAACUCAGUCAGUUUCCGCCACAGUGGGCAAACGUAUGGCGCCUUGAGGAAUUGCAUCUCGAAAGAAAUAAAUUCGAGGAACUGAGUGAUGUAACAUUGGGUACUAUGAAAAAGCUGAAAAAUGUUUAUCUCGAUGAAAAUCCUAUGAUACAUUUUAAAGCAGAAUCUUUCAAAUCGUUAUCAGCAAACUUUACAGUGCAUUUAAAGAAUAUAUUAAUUGAGAAAACAUACGAAGACAAUUACGAUGACAGUAACGAUUACGACUAAAAAUAGCUAUUUCUUGGUUCUAAUUUAAAUAACCAUUAAUAGCCUUUUUCUUUUAAUAGCUUAAAAAAUAUACAUUCUUUUGUAGCAGCUAUUUUUGAAUUUAUAUUUCGUUCAAUUUAUUGUUUCUAAACAAAUUCUGUACAACAUAUGCUAAAUAAGAUAUAAGAUAAUUGUAUUAAUUUUAAUUUUUUAAACCUUAGUCUCAAAAUUGUCUUUUGUUAUAGCUUUCGUUCAACAUCUCGUAGACCUUAUAUAAAGUGUAUAUGCAUGAAGUAAUAUUUUAGAGCUUUAA